AUGGCCGCGCUACGACACGAAGAUCCUGCAUCCUUCUUUAACUUCCUGAGAGUACAACCAAGGAUGUUUGAUGAGCUCCUAGCAAGACUUGGUCCAAGAUGCACCAAACAAGACACCAUGUAUAGGAAGACUAUGGAACCAGGGUUGAAGAUUGCAAUUACUAUGUGCCACCUAGCAACCGGUGACAAGUACGCCAGUAUGAAGUUUGACUUCAGAGUUCCUUAUAACACCAUGUCUGUCCUAGUACGAGACGUCUGCCAGGCCAUCGUAAAUAAGUACAAGGAGGAAGUCAUCAGCUGUCCAAUCUCCCCUGAAGAAGGGCGUGUCGUUGCUGAAACGUUUGCACGUAGAUGGAACGUCCCUCAUGCUUGCGGAGCCCUUGAUGGAAAACAUGUUGCCUGCAGAAAGCCAGCGAACAGUGGAAGCCUUUAUCACAACUAUAAAGGCUUCUUUUCCAUUGUUCUAAUGGGCCUCGUCGAUGCGAACUAUAAGUUCCUCUGGAUAGAUGUUGGAGGGCACGGAUACAUGUCAGAUGCACAGAUCUUCAAUGAUUCAGAGCUGAAGGAGUGCCUAGUAGAUGGGACCAUUUGUCUUCCUCCAGCAGACUCCCUACCAAAUGACGACAGGGACAUGCCAUAUUUCUUCCUGACUGAUGAUGCGUUCGCGAUGCGGACCAACAUGAUGAAGCCUUACUCGAUGCGCAAGAUGACCAAAGAGCCAAGGAUCUACAACUACAGGAUAUCUAGAGAGCGUCGCGUUGUGGAGAACGCUUUUGGCAUCCUUGCACAACGUUGGCAGAUUCUCCUGACCACCAUGCAGCAUGAACCUGACUCCAUACGACUGAUCGUCGAAGCCUGCGUCUGUCUUCAUAAUUUGAUGAGACUGCGUUAUCCUACCAUUCAGAAUGCUGCCUUGGAUGCGGGGGAUGUCAACCAGCAACUGAUCCCAGGUGCUUGGAGGGCCGAUGCAAACAUGCAUGAGGUGAACAACAUUAGAGGGAACAACCGUGACACCACUGCAGCCAAGAAACAACGAGAAUACCUCAAGCUGUACUUCAAUUCACCUGCAGGCUUUGUGCCCUGGCAAGAUAGCAUGAUAUAA